AUGUAUCAUCGCUGCAUUCAGCUAUCUGAACAAUUCCCAAGUCACAAUAUGAGCAUAGCAUAUCGUUUGUGGAAAAAGAACCACGAAACAAAAAAGGAUGAAUUCUUUUGUUGGAGAGGAAAAGCCAACACAGGAAGAAAUGUUGUAUCAAUCAACACUAAUACUGUUGUAAUUUGGAGCGAUAGAAGUACAUUUCCAAACCCAGGAUAUGGUAGAGUUGGAUUGGUAGUCCAAGAUUCUGAUACUUCAGAGUGGAUUGAAAUCGAAUACUCAAUCAAAGAUACAAUUACAAAUAUCGGAUGCGAAAUUGAAGGUUUGAAAAAAGCAAUUGAAUAUUCAAUAGAAAAUUAUAAAGGCAAAGACAAAAGAGUUGUGAUUCUAAGUGAUUGCAAAUUUGCUGUUAAUGUAAUGCUAAACAAAGUACAUCCUGAUAAAUACAAAGAACAAAUACAAAAAUGUCAUGAUAUUCUACAGUCUCUUGGAGAACAAGACACACCAGAGAUAUACUGGAUCAAGGGACAUUCCGGAAUCCCAGGAAAUGAAAAAGCGGAUAAACUGGCAAAAAAAGCAAGGAAAAAAGCUGAUAAUUGUCAACCAGAACUACAUCAGAUUGUGAACAAGGAAAAAAUAAUUGUAACAAUCCAGGACUGGCUCCAUCCUAUGCAAUGGAGUGGAAUCGUCACUGGAUAA